CGCAGUGCGGCCGGUCGCGGGGCACGGGAGCUCCCCGGGCAGGGCAAAGGUCCGCCCGGCUCCUGGCGGUGCGGGAGCGCGGGGCCGGCUGAGCGGUGUGUUUGUUGAGAGCGAUAGUGCUCCCGGUGUCACAGCACGGCUCACCUCUUCAGCCUCUUUCCCUCAGAGACACGAUGGCUUCUGGAGACUGCCAGCAGCCAGACUGCCAGCAGCCGCAGGCGGCCACCAAGCCGGCGUUUGGCGAGGAGGAGGUGGCCGAGCUGGUGGACAAGGUGUUUGGAUUAAAGGCGGUGUGGGUCAGGCCCCUGCCCAGCUAUGACGAUCAGAACUUCCACGUGAAGGUCUCGAGCGGAGGUGAGGCUGAAGGGGCCGAGGAGUACGUCCUCAAAAUCACCAACUCGGAAGACAGCCGGCAGCCCGCCCUCAUCGAGGCGCAGACCCGGGCCAUGAUGUUCCUCAGCUCCCACGGCUUCCCCUCGGCCACACCGCGGCUCACCAAGGAUGGCAGCAUCAUGUCCCUGCAGGCGGGAGGCAGCGGACCUGGAAACCAGAAGUACAUGGUCAGGCUGCUGACUUACCUGCCGGGCACUCCUGUGGCUAAAAUUGCUGCACCUACUCAGCUUCUCUAUGACAUCGGUCAGCUCGCUGCCAGGUUGGAUAAAGCUCUCACAGAGAAGUUCCAUCACCCAUCAGUAGCAAGUCUGCAUCGAGCUCAGUUCAUCUGGAACCUGGCUAACGUCCCCCUGCUGGAUCAGUACGUGGGCGCCUUGGGCCAGAACCAGCACCGGGCUGUUGUGGAAUGGGUCAUCCAGCAGUUCAGGGAGGAAGUCACGCCCAAGAUAAGCAGCUUUCGAGCUUGUAUCAACCACGGGGACCUCAACGACCACAACAUCCUGGUGGUUCCCUGCUCUCCGCACGGGGCGACCCCGCGGUACCGCGUGUCGGGCGUGCUGGACUUCAGCGACAUGAGCUACGGCUGUUACGUGUUCGAGUUGGCCAUCGCCAUCAUGUACAUGAUGAUCGAGAGCUCCGAGCCGCUCCGUGUGGGCGGCCACAUCCUGGCGGGCUUCGAGAGCGUGCAGCCGCUGUCGGCCGCGGAGCGGGCCGCGCUCUUCAUGCUCGUGUGCGGCCGCUUCGCGCAGUCGCUCGUCAUGGCGGCACACACGGCGCUGCUGUACCCGGAGAACGCCGAGUACCUGAUGGUCACGGCCAGGACGGGCUGGAAGCACCUGACGGACAUGUGUGCGCGGGGCCGGGAGGCGGUGGAGAAGGUGUGGUUCGAUACGGCCGCGCUGUACGCGACGAGAGGUACCGCCCCGUGAGGCGGGGCUGCAAUAAACAUGGCGGCGCUGCCAUAAACAUGGCGGAGCCGCGCUCCUUCCGCA